UUUCCAUUUGCAGUGUAAGCAAAAAGUGCUUGUACUUUGCGAAAAGUUCAGAAAGAUAAUAAACAAAAAAGUAGCAUGCUUAAUUGACACCUGCUUGUUAAAAAUAAAAUGUAAAUACUCACUUCUUAAAAAAAUAAUAAACAGCAAUUGCAAUAAAUGGCAAAUAACUUGAUGCACAGUGGAUAGGAUAUAAUCAGUAACUAAUACAAAUAAAAGAUAAAACAACUUGGCUAAUGCAAAUUGAAACCAAUGAUUUCCACGGUGUGGCCCACAACUUGUCUUAAUUAACCUAAAGAUCCUAACAUAAGCUUUUCGUUGGCUAUGCAAAUAUUUCAAUUUGUGUUGAUGUGCUAAUUAGCCCAUAAAAACCUCAGCCCCUCUAAGUGGCCAACUAAUUUGCUCCACUGUGCCUUCGCUGUCGACGUCGACGACGCAGUUUCCGCUCACCAAACGUUUUCACUUAUUCGCGAUUGCAUGCGCGGAUCGGCGUUCAAUUUGGUUCUAAGUCUCGUCGCGUGUGCAUGGGCGCAGUUCUUAGAGUUCUCGACAUUAUCUACGGAUCGCCAUGGUGCUGCUGAGAGUGAUCAAGUAUCUAGUGGGCUGCGUGGUGCGCGUCUGCAACGAGUUGUCCCAGAAUAUGUGUUCGCUGAACAAAAUGUUCAAGUACCAUUUGCUGGAGGUCAGCUAGAGAUCCCAGGAACCGGAGAAAACGCCUCCUAACAUGUUUAUAGAUUUCUGCCCCUGUCGAGCGAGUUCGUUGCUCAAGUCUUUUGUUAUGUGAUUCAAUAAAACGUAUUCAACCCACUCAA